CAUUUCCAUACACUAAGAAACAUUAGAAUUCUUAAAUGAAACUAUAAUUAUGAAAUCAUUCACAACAUUUUAGAAGAGCUACUCCUAGAAUGGCAUGCUCUCUAACGCCAACAGCAGUAUCUAACGCCAACAGUAGUGUCUAAGAAACCCAUCGGCCACAUCGCAUCUUCAAUCCCAACGAACCCACCCUCAGAAAAGACCAUACUCAAAACCAUCCGCCUUUCUCGCGUAGUUGGUACACAGGAAUUACAAAAUUCGCGGACUCAACAAGUGUCUUGGCAGCGCCCCCGAGAGGCUGCCGGUACUAGCUAAAUGUGGCUGUUGCCUUCGCUCAGUUACCAAAGUCGCCCGGUGUCUAGGCAGCCUGUCAGUGAGUGGGAAAGUGACCAAGACCGAUGUUAGCACAGAAUUUGCGCGUUAUUAAACUCCAGUCUGGAGAAAAGCUAGUAUUUGAAGGCACCAGUUAACCCCGCUGUCAAUACACACAUGGAUAGGAACUCGCCUCUAAGUACAUUUCGGCGGGUGACUGACAGAUCUGAAGAUGACUCCGACCACGAGUACAGCGAAUGGCACCUCCUCCCUGACCUCCUGCUCGAACAGGUCUUCCAGUACCUGACGCUGUGCGAGCGGUACAAUGCCUCCUUGGUCUGUUCGAAUUGGUAUACAGCUUUCUACUUCCCGAGAGUUUGGUACACCUUCGUACUCCACGAUGAGCUGCUCACCAAAAGAAAAUUCAAUUAUUAUUCAGGAUAUCAGAAACGACUCGACCACUACAAGGUCACCAUAUUUUUGUCAAACAUGGGCAAGUUUAUCAAGACGUUGAUCAUCAAGCCAAUGACGAAUUUCUUCAGCCUCUACGAGUUUUGCAACAUGUCCUGCUUCAUGAAUCACAAAGUCCCGGGCACGCUGGAGAACGUCCAUACUUUCAGGUUCCACUUCUCGUGCCACUUGGCUCAGCGCUCGGAGGAAGUGGUCUUCGGCACCGGGGGAGAAAUCCUCCAGAUGUUCAAGCGCCUCCUCGGGAUCCUGACCAAGCUGAAGACGCUGGAGCUCAGGGACCUGCUUCUGGAGGGCGCCGACGGCCUGCAGCUGCUGGACGAUGUUUGCGUCGAAUGCUGCGAAACCCUCCAGACCCUGAUCCUGGUCAACAUAACGAAGCACAACCACUGCCUGCUUCAUCCGGGGGCCUUCGUAAACCUCCAGACCUUAGUCAUUUCCCCUCAGAAUAUCGGGGAGGACCUGCUCGAGCUCUUAUCGCACACGACAAUACGGAACAUGUUCAUCGUGCAGAACAAGUACACAGAGGGCGGGCGCAUCCUCGACCCCCUGGCCUGGAAGCGCUGCCGGACCACCAACCCGAGGCUGCGCGUCCACCUCAGCUCUGAAGGCAACUCCAAGAAGGAGAUUCUGUGGCAGCGACGCGCGCCCGUCAAGAGCAUUGUGUAUGAGUCUCCUUACGCGAAGAUCACUACAUCGGUGAUGAUGCAGCUUGUGGAGCUCUACCAGUCCGACCUGGAGGUGUUCGCCCACAAGGAGCUGCCGCGGUUCCACAUGCCGAGGUCCUUCCACGACAGAGCCGACUCCUCCCUCAUCCUGCUGGCCAGGCAGUGCCCCUACUUGCACACGCUGGUGGUCCGUGAGAAAAUAUCAACUGCAACUGUACUUCUGUUGGUUUACACUGCAAAAAAUCUCCAAUUUCUGUAUGUUCGCAGAAAUGCCUUACUCCUGAAGGCGGACUGGCCCAUGAACCCCGACUGGACCUUCGAGUUCUACGACUGGCUGCGGCGCAGCGCUCGCUCCUACGAGGCGAUGGAGCGCGAGGUGUCCCAGAUCCUGGGCUACAGGUGGCAGGCGCUCACGGACAAGCAGUAUAAGAAUCUCCAGUUAGAUCUUGAAAAGUCGCGUUAUAUGUACUUCUAGCACUUCAGCGCAAGUGAAUUCAUGUGCACACUCGCUUUCUUAAACGUAUAUGUUUGCACGUACCUACACACGGUUAUACACACUCAUUCACUGAUUCAUAUACAUAACGCAUGACGUAUAUAUUAGUAUCUAGGUCUAUCUAUCUGUCUAUAUCUACUUAAUGUAUAUAUUCAAGCCCUCGGUAUCAUAUAAUCUGUCUGUGCAUAGAUAGAAAGAUAGAUAAAUAGAUAAAGACAGACAGAUAGAGAGAUAUAUACCUACAGAUCUGCCAACUCAUGCAACACAGCCUGAGGGCAAUUCAUUUCGCGCACCAACCUGCUUCUCAGCAAACAACCUGCGAGGCGUCAUUGUCUCUUUCUGUGAGCAAUUCGCCCUCUCUCCUUUGUCAGGAAAGCAGAAGCAAGGCCCCAGAAACGAGCCUCUUCGAUUUCAUUGUAAGACUAAAUCAUCCCCAGGAAUUUUCUCAGAGAGGAAACAAAGACGGCAAGGAUACAAUUAGGAAACACUGGAAGGUCUGUUUAUAGUGUCUUACUUGACGAAUCGUUACAAAUAGGUAAUACAAGGAAGGUUAGAUGGCAAUAAAUAAAAAAUUCUUCCAUAAAAUAUCCUUCUUAGGAAUGUCAUAGAUUCGUUUUCUUUGUUGCCUAAAUGUAGCUCUGCCUUUCAUCUCUUUAAUUUCCUUCCAAACUAACUACAGAAACAAAACAUCACUUCACUCUCAACGACCAACACCGCCUUUGGCAGUCAUUCCGCACGUACAUUUCUAACAAGUAUAGCACAGCCUGGAAUACUAUUCUUUGAUUUUUUUUCUAUUUGUAAAACCGUUCUUGUCGAACAUGCGAUGAAAACAAACGAUGCUUAGUCUCACUAUACCCAGGACUUCAUACUGCGAAGAUUCGGUGCCUCGUAUGAAAGAUUUUCACCAGUUCUCGUCACCCUUUGAGUUGAUUUCUCAUUCUUUGUCGACUUGGCAUUGUAUAACAGUGUUUUAAUUUACAGAUAUCAGUAACGAGCUAGAAGGUUAUACCUUGCGAUUUUGUUCAGUAUGUGAGGUAAAGAUGAUUUGUCAUAGAAUCAUAUUUUACCCAAACUACCUAUAUUGGCAAUGCUGGGGAGUUCUUUUGUGAGGAAAGAACAAUCUCUUGUUUCAUAUGUUAAACUUCUUUUCUGUAAAGUGAUUUAUUGUGACAAACUGGAGCCUUGCAUAUGCCAAUGCUGUUUAUCUGUUACUUACUUUUUUAUUGGAAUUAUGUGGAUUGAAUUUGUAAGGUAUAAUUUUUUGUCGGUACCGCAAGUUUGAAUGCUCGAUUUAUCUGUAUAUGUAUAUGAUAUGUUUCGAUUCUUAAAAAAUCUUGAUAUCCAUAAUGGGAUGCUUUAUCUUUGUAUAUGUGUUACGAAUUUGAUAUGUAGAAUGAUGUUUGUGAAUUGCUCUGUGAACCACAAGCUCUUGUUCCGAAGUAUAGUGUAAAUACGCCCGUGUUACUUAUUUUACUGAUACGUGUGCAUGUCCUUUUAUUGUCGUGUCUUUUGACAUGUGGAUGCAGUUGUACCUUUCAUUUUACUUAUCUACGCAAACUCACACACACACACACACACACACACACACACACACACACACACACACACACACACACACACACACACACACACACACACACACACACACACCCACACACACACACACACACACACAGUGUUGAAGGUAGUCGGUCCCUCUCUCAGGACGUGGGGCGUGUCCCCCACCGGCCGGGAGACGGUCGUGGAGGAAAGGCGUCUCGGUCUCACCUUCCUCAAAUGUUCAAAAUGAGUGACCUAAGUUACGUCAGCAGCAAGGUCUUCAGAAAUCCCUGGCCUGGACCUGAAGACACAGAUCCGGAGUUAGAUUAAUAAUUGUUUUAUAUCCAUUUUGUACGGUUGAACGUGCGUUUUUUUUUUUUCAAAGAAGUUUGUUUACACUCUGAUGUUGUAAUGUAAUAAAUACGGUAUUGGUUA